AUGGCGAUUGAAGCUGAACGGGACGGCACUACGUUGAUAGCAAGGACUGACGCCAGGGUUGACGGCGCCAAUGCCCGGGCGUUUCAGGACGAGUUGGAAACUAUCAUUGACGAGAAUGACCGGACGGUCAUCCUAGACCUGCAGAAGCUCCUUUACAUCAGCAGCGCCGGUCUCAGGGUAAUCAUGCUGACAGCCAAGGCCUUGGGCAGGCAGGAAAUCAAGUUUGCGGUCUGUUCAUUGACGGACCCGGUGCAGGAGGUUUUCAAGGUCAGCGGGUUUGACAAGAUCAUCCUCGUGCACCCAUCCCUAUCGGACGCCAAAGCCGCCCUUCAAGGUUGA